AGCUACUUGAGGUAAUACUCAACUCUGUAACUCGAAUAUUAUUCGUUGCACCACCAGUCGAUCAAGUCUCUUACAUAUCGUUCAAUCCCAGCUUGAUUAUCGUGGCAACUCCUCAGUUAAACGUGAAAUUGAAAAUAUUUAGGAGAAAAAUUCGGAAAUUCAAGUGGCCCCGGGGACAACUGCGGGGCAAUGGGUGGCGUCCAGCGAGUUUUUUGAGGUUAUGCGUCAAGAGAUACCGUGUUUCACAUAGAUUAGGAGGGAAUACGCGAUAUGAACACGAGGUGGUUUCAAUGUGUUCGUGGCCCGAGAUAAAUUGCUGAUUGUGCGGUGUUCUACAAGUUCCUGGGGGGGUCAAGAAUUUGCGGAAUAUGACAGCCUUGGAACCGAUGAAUCAUAGCGUUAUCGACAACUGUCAUAAUUUCGAGGUCAACUCUAAAAUAUUAUUGGAAUAUUCCGCGGCAUUCUGAUAAUAACACGAAGUUUAACACGUACGUUAACCAUGAAGUUGAUAAACAAGUCUUUACGAUUAAUGGUGAUACUCUGGUGCAGUUUUAUUUGCGUCAGAGCUGAUAAUAACGAUUGUUCGUGUGGGAAAGGCUUGAACAGAAAUGCAAACGGAAAUAGUGUCAUUGAUAAUGGACAUUGUCCCGCGCCUGGAAGUGACAAUGAAUGUAGGGGAGACUCUGUACAUCAGUCGGUUCCUAAUGAAAUGGUGUUAAUUGAAGGUGGAGUUUACUCGAUAGGUACAAAUAAACCGAUCCUCGUGGUCGAUGGAGAGGGCCCGCGGAGAAAUGUAGUUUUGGAUGGCUUCUAUAUGGACAAGUAUGAAGUUAGUAAUAGGGACUUUGAGAUUUUCGUCAGGGCGACGGGGUAUUGGACUGAAGCGGAAAAGUUUGGGAACUCCUUUGUGUUUGAGGGGUUGUUGAGUGAAGGGGAGAAGGAGGGCAUUGAACAGGCGGUCGCUCAGGCUCCCUGGUGGCUGCCGGUUGAGAAAGCCGACUGGAGACAUCCGGAAGGAGUGGAUUCGAGUAUUGAAGACAGAAUGGAUCACCCUGUAGUUCACGUAUCGUGGAACGACGCGUCAUCAUUCUGUAAAUGGGCAGGUAAAAGACUGCCAACCGAGGCAGAAUGGGAGGUAGCAUGUAGGGGUGGGCUCAACGACCGGCUCUACCCCUGGGGCAAUAAACUCAUGCCCAAUGAUCAGCACAGGGUCAAUAUUUGGCAAGGGGAAUUCCCCCAGAAUAACACAGCCGAGGACGGCUACGUGGGAACUGCCCCAGUCACUGACUACCCCAGCAAUGGGUAUGGGCUCUAUAACAUGGCUGGCAACGUUUGGGAGUGGACGUCAGACUGGUGGAACGCCAGACACUCCGAGGAGCAAACAACAAAUCCAGUUGGACCUGCCUUAGGCAGCGACAAAGUGAAGAAGGGAGGAUCUUACCUCUGCCACGAGAGCUACUGCUUCAGGUACAGGUGCGCUGCUAGGAGCCAAAAUACUCCUGACACAUCUGCUGGAAAUCUUGGAUUCAGAUGCGCUACUAAUUCACUAUGACACAUCUGAAUAAUUAUUAAUGUUUAGUUUCGACUGGUUUCCUCACCAGUUUUCCCUUUUUGUAAACGCACAAUAUUUGAUGAAUAAAAUUUAUAUGGUUGGUAAAUUCGUUAACACUCAUGAGAUUAUAUUAUCGAAAUAUCUAACUGGAACUCUUUGAGAAUUGAAAUUCUAUGAAAAAUUCGAUCUGGUUUUUUGCGUCUGUUUCUAAUAACAAUUUUGUCAGGCGUUUGUGAAUUGAUAUUCUUUUAUAUAAUGGAGAUAAUUGAUGUUGACUUUUUUGUGAAGUUAUCCUGUCAGAAUGUUUUCGAUAAAAAAUUUUCAUCAUGAAUUUUUCAAUUUUUUUUUUCUUGGAUUUUUGAAAUUUAAAACAAGAAAGAAAUGCAUCUGACUAAACUUUGGAAAUUUAUGCUAUUGAUUUUUUUCUUUAAAAAAUUAUGAAUUAUCUCUAACAAUUUGAUAAUUAAAAUGGGGGCGAAAACAAAUAGAAUUCUUUAAGGGUACUAUAACG